AUGGACGUGGACGUGGACGUGGACGUGGACGUGGACGUGGACGUGGACGUGGACAUGGACGUGGACAUGGACGUGGACGUGGACGUGGACGUGGACAUGGACGUGGACGUAGACGUAGACGUGGACGUGGACGUGGACAUGGACGUGGAGGUGGACGUGGACGUGGACGUGGAGGACUUGGACUUGGACGUGGACGUUGACGUGGACGUGGAGAACUUGGACGUGGACAUGGACGUGAACGUGGACGUGGACGUGGACGUGGAGGACUUGGACGUGGACAUGGACGUGGACGUGGAGUGGACGUGGACGUGGACUGGACGUGGAGUGGACGUGGACGUGGACAUGGACGUGGACGUGGACGUGGACGUGGACGUGGACGUGGACGUGGACGUGGAGGACGUGGACGUGGACGUGGACGUGGACGUGGACGUGGAGAACUUGGACGUGGACAUGGACGUGAACGUGGACGUGGACGUGGACGUGAAGGACUUGGACGUGGACAUGGACGUGGACGUGGACGUGGACAUGGACGUGGACGUGGACGUGGACGUGGACGUGGACAUGGACGUGGACAUGGACGUGGACGUGGACGUGGACGUGGACGUGGACAUGGACCUGGACAUGGACGUGGACGUGGACGUGGACUUGGACGUGGACAUGGACGUGGACGUGGACAUGGUCGUGGACGUGGACGUGGACGUGGACGUGGACAUGGACGUGGACGACGUGGACGUGGACGUGGACGUGGACGUGGACGUGGACGUGGACGUGGACGUGGAGGACGUGGACGUGGACGUGGACGUGGACGUGGAGAACUUGGACGUGGACAUGGACGUGAACGUGGACGUGGACGUGGACGUGGAGGACUUGGACGUGGACAUGGAUGUGGACGUGGACGUGGACAUGGACGUGGACGUGGACGUGGACGUGGACGUGGACGUGGACAUGGACGUGGACGUGGACGUGGACGUGGACGUGGACAUGGACCUGGACAUGGACAUGGACGUGGACGUGGACGUGGACAUGGAUGUGGACGUGGACGUGGACGUGGACGUGGACGUGGACAUGGACGUGGACGUGAACAAGACGUGGACGUGA